AUGAUAAUUGAAAACGUGGCCUCCAUGACAGAUGAUAUCAAAGAUGUUAGGAAAAGCGCGUACGCGGCUCUCAGCCAGCAGGUCGCAUGCCAGCACUGUGCCCGUCUCCCCUCGGCCGACAGGAAGCGUAGAGCGGACGCUCUCGCUGCUGCGACCAAGGAGGACGAUUGGCCCAUCCACGGGCUCGUGGAUGGCAGCCUCGUGCCCCUGGAGCCGAGUGCCGGGCAGGAGUCGGACGACUCCUACCCCAUCUCCCUCCACGAGUCGGAGCAGGGUGUCGACUUGGCCGAGCACGCGGUCCCCUUCUCCGUCACCACGGCGCUGCCGGCGAUAGGUGGCAUCUUGCUGGAACUGCCGGGGAUCAUUUGCAAGGCGGCCGCCUGCAGAGGUCUCCCCGUUCCCCUAGCUCAGGAGAGGAGUGCUCCGGACGACAUGGCCGGAGUUUUUUCGCGGGUGCAGACGGUCAGGAGUGACCCGAUCUGGCCACGCUUCCCCGCCAUCAGGAGGUACCAGGAGGGGGCGGCGGCGAACCCGAGGACUCUGAAGGCCCCGGUGGCCACAUUUGUUCCCCUCACCAAGGUGGAGGGUUUUACAGAUGUGGGAUUCCCAGCCACCCCUUCGCUGGAGCCGGGCCUGACGGCGUUUUUUGGGGUGAGGCAGGCCAACAUGAUCGCCGGACGGCGCCCUACGUUGGCCUCCCCCAGGGACCAGUAUGUUGCCCGCCAGGCCGACCGGGUGCACCAGUGUGCCUUUCAGGCGUCGGCGGCGGCAAACAACAUCGCGCUGCUGUCCAACUCGGUGGUGACGCUGGUGGAGCGGUCCACCACCUUGGCCGCUGACGAAGCGGAGGAGAUCGCCAAGGCUGCCAGCACGGCGCUCACACUGUGUGCGUCUGUUGCUGUCUCCCAGGCUAGAAUCGCCGCGUGGGUGACGCAAAUCCAGCGCCACCUCUGGCUGCAGCAGGCGUCCGUUACAGAAACGGCCAGAAAAGUGCUGCUGGAUGCUCCAAUCAGCCCGGACGGGCUGUUCGGACCCCAGUUCCACGCCAUGGUGGAAUCCAUGAAGGCGGCUGCGGAACAGGCGGACGACAUCCGCCAGCACGUCAGCUGGCUCCAGCCUGCUGGGCGGCACCAACGCCCGCAGCAGCCGCAGCAGCCGCAGCAGCCGCAGCGUCCAACCCGGCCACAGCGGCAGGCGGAGAGGUCCCAACCGCAACCGCGGCGUCAGCGCCCGUCGGCGGCGGCAGGGUCUCCGCCCCGCGUCUCCGCCCCGCGUCUCCGCUCCCCCGCCACCCCAGAGACGGAGGGGUCUCUCGGCGCUGUCUAUAACUUAUCGGCAGAGCUGCGGGAACUCCUGUUGAAAGAGGCUAUUUCCAGGGUUCCUCAAGGGGAAGAAAAUCAGGGGUAUUACUCCCGUUAUUUUCUUGUCCCGAAAAAGACAGGGGGGAUGAGACCCAUCCUCGAUCUGUCAGUUUUCAACAAGGUCAUAAUGAAAAGGCCUUUUCACAUGCUGACGAUCAGACAGGUGCUGGAGUGUGUUCACCAGGGGGACUGGUUCACAUCGAUAGACCUGAAGGAUGCUUACUUCCACGUAGCCAUCAUCCCAAAACACAGGAAAUACCUGCGUUUCUCAUUCCAGGGAAUACCGUACCAGUACAACCGUCUGCCGUUCGGUUAUUCCCUGGCUCCUCGCACUUUUUCGAAGUGUGUAGAGAUGACGCUGCAGCCGCUUCACAGAGGAGGGAUGAGAGUGCUGUUUUACCUGGACGACUUGCUAUUGCUAGCUCGAUCCAGAGAGGAAGUUGCUUUACAGACGGUACAGCUCGUAUCACAUCUGUCAAAGCUGGGUUUCAUCAUAAACUGGAAGAAGAGCUGCCCUCUUCCCUCCCAGAGUAUUAUUUACCUGGGUGUGGAAUUGAACUCAGCCCGCAUGAGAGCGCGACUCUCACAGCAGAGAGUGGAGGCACUGACAGCUCUUCUCCGACGCGUCACACCUCGCAGCGUGGUGACAGCCCUCUCCGUGAUGCAGCUGCUUGGCAUGAUGGCAGCUGGUCACGUGGUGAUUCCCCUGGGUCUCCUUCACAUGAGGAGACUCCAGAGGUGGUUUAUUCGCCUGCGCAUCGACCCCGUGCGACAGAAGAGGCGCAUGGUGGCCAUCCCUCCUUCCGUGGGUUCAGACUUAACCUAUUGGAAAAGUCCCCACGUCCUGUCAGCGGGUGUGCCCCUGGGCAGAGUUACGUCACACAUCUCGGUGUUCACAGACGCAUCUCUCUCAGGGUGGGGAGGAACGUGUAUGUCACAGGCAGUGGGGGGACAGUGGCCGGCUCACAUGUCCCUCCACAUAAACGUGCUGGAAUUGCUCUCCGUACGGAGAGUAAUCCAGUAUUUUGCCCCGUUGCUGCGGAAUCAGCAUGUGUUGAUUCGCACAGACAACAAGGCGGCAGCCUACAUCAAUCACCAGGGCGGAGUACGCUCAGCGCAGCUUUUGAACACAGCCAGGCCGCUGUUGAUCUGGGCGCGCGCACACUUGCUCUCCAUCAGAGCAAUGUAUGUUCCCGGCGAACUGAACAGAGGGGCAGACCUCAUGUCCAGAGGAGGUCCUCGCCAGGGGGACUGGAGCCUCCAUCCCGAGCUGGUCUCCCAGGUAUGGAGCCGGUUCGGGAGAGCAGAGGUGGAUCUGUUCGCCGCACGCGGGAACGCGCAAUGCGCCCUCUGGUUCUCCCUGAAAGCGCAGGACCACCCCCCCCUGGCGGUGGACGCGUUCGCACAUCGACCAUGGCCCAGGGGACUGUUGUACGCCUUCCCACCAGUCCCGCUGAUCCCUCGGUUCCUGGACCGAGUGCAGGAGGAGCGACUGUCAGUGAUCCUAAUUGCCCCGGAGCGCACGGGCGCUUCCUGGUUUCCAUGCCUACAGCGUACGCUGUCAGGCAGACCGUGGGAAAUUCCGUGGCGCGGGGACGCUCUCUCGCAGGUGGAGGGAGCGAUCAACAGUCACCCUGUGAUAGGCCAGCACUUAUGGGCAUGGCCCCUGAACGGGAACACUUAG